CACGUGCACGAACAAAGCACAACCAAAUGUAAACACAAUAAACUGUCAAGUACUUCGAAAUAGAUGUAGAAUCUUUAGUCUAGACAACAGGAAGACUUUCUUUUGCUUCAGAAUUAAAGGGUUUGCAGAUAAACCACCAAGUAUUGAUUAGAUGUCUACAUGUUUCAGAUAAAUCACAAAGUAUGGAUCAGGUGUCUACUUGUUUCAGAUAAGCCACAAAAGCCACAUAAGGAUGAGUCUAUACGCUACCUUAUUGAACAUGUUUUUAAUCGGCCUAGUUAUCAUAUCGCUGGCAAUGGGGUGGAUCGUACCAAUUACCAAAACUUAUCCUCCUGAUUUUUAUGUCAGCAUAAAUCCUUGGAAAGAUAAUAAUACUAUCUACAUGUCAGUGAGCUUUGACUGUUCUUCAUUAAAUAUACCAUUAUCGAAAGAAAACAAGUGGCGAUGUGCCCACGAUUCCAACAUGUCAGAAUGGCGAACAUUAUGCUUUGUAUUUAUGCUGAUAUUAAGUGGGAUUGUCCUAAUCGUCAUUUUGCUAAAUUUGCUGGCGCUGUGCCUUGAUACGUUUAGACGCUUCGAACUUUUCGUUAUAGGCUACGCUGUGCCAGGGGUAUUAGGCACGACUGUUCUGAUCCUCUUUCCAACUAAAGUCUCUCCACUCAGUGAGUUUACACACAUUGUCUCCGGCUACUACUUUCUAUUGACUUCUUUCCUAUCAAUGUUUGCAUUAUCUGGACUAAGCUUUACUAUAGAUCCGUACGACUACCCGGGCUUUUAAAGUUCUGCAUGCCUGCAGAGACCUUUAUCUACACAUUGAGCGCAUGUAUGUUGUAUUUUGCAGUUUCUAUCUCAAAUGUUUAUCAUAUGCUUUUAAAGAAUCAGUGUGUACCAAAGUAAUGGUUUCGUUUGACCUUACGAGUUCAAGGACAAUAAUCUUUAAGGAGUUAUUGCAAUUGCUAGGAAUGAACAAAUCACAAAACUUGAUUGACAAAAUGGAUUGAAUGUUUACUAUUUAAACUUAAAACAAAUUAACUCUUUCUCUCCGUAAUUAUUUCUUCGUUCAGGCUGAAUUAUUCAUUUUACGCAUUAGUGUUUCGCUUCCCUGUUAUGAUUAAACUUCAAUAACUUUUUAUUGUAUAUAAUUAUGGAAUGUUAUAUUAGAUAUAUAAUUAUAUAAGAAUGCAUGUACUUUAUAUCAAACACUAAUUAAAGUUUAUAAAAUAAAAAAUUAAUUAAUUAAUUAAAAAUUAAUUUACUUCAAUGGGUCAAAUCAACGUUGGUGUUUUCAGUUAGGAGAGAAAGAGUUAACUUGUACGCUAAUUGUACUUUCAGGCUAUUAGCGUCAAUGUGUACUCAUGAUACUUCAAUGGUUAGUUCUAUAAGUGGUUAGUUUUUUUUGGAAGUCUAACAAGCGUUCCACAGGGCUUUACAAUACUUAAUGAUAUUGUUUACUUCUCAUACUGCACUUAACCAAAUGUUUACUUCUUAUAUUGUAUUGCUAUAACAAACAUGAACAUAUUUUCUGUGAUGAUAAAAUAUAACAAUGUAAUUUUGUCAUAGUGAAAAUAAAAUGCAUAACAGUAGAAA